AUGAGAUCCACAUCAGUUUACAUGAGUUUACAUUUGCGCGACAUUGAACACGAAGAGUCCUGCCACUGUUUUUGUCUGGCUCCAGUUACCAUCUUGAAUGGUGUUGUAUAUCCGACAUCGCUGCCAGAUUUCGGUCACUCUUCUGACGAUGAACACCUAGUCAAUCGUAGAUCGGCCAAGGCGAAACCCGAGGUGUUCGUUUGCGUUUGCAUUUUCGCGAUGUUCGAUAAGCCUAUCCAAGAAGAGCCUGUCGUGUCAGUCUUCGGUCGAGAAGGAACUAAUCGGUUUCUUUUGUGGAAUCGUAUUCUGAAAGUGAGGAGAACUGGACCGCGUGGCAGACGCCGCACUCCAUCACACGUGGAUUUGCUUGGAACGGAACGGUGUCGAUAUAGUUUCUUCCUGAUUAACAUCAGUGCUCCUCAAGGAUUUCUUCACAUACAGGUCAUUCCAAUGAACGAUUAUGGGUAG